AGCCUUUUUUUGGCUAAAGGUAAAUAUGGGGCUUCCCGGUUUCCCUGGCGAUAGCGAAACCGUUAUUCGGAAGCCAUUCGAUAGGCUUUUCGGGUGUGCGUGUGCGUGGUCUGGUGGGCAGUGGGCAGGCUCCUUGAAGAAUGGGUUUGAUCAGCAAGUGUUGCGUUUUUUUCGGUCUCGGAUCGGUUGCGUAUUAUGUGCGGUGGUAUUACAUCGGCCGAUUGUACGAAAGCAAGCGAAAGUUCCAGAACGGUGAACUAAUCGUGCUGACCGGAGCGAACUCGGGCAUCGGUUGGGCGACACUGCUCGAGCUGGCCGACCGUGGCUGUCAUCUGGCGCUAGGUGUGCGCUGCCCAACAGUCGGCCAAACAAUCCGCGACCGGGUGCUGCAUCAGUGUCCGUGCGCAACGAUUGACACGUUCGUGCUGAAACUCGAAUCCCUUGCCAGUGUGGUAGAAUUCAGUGAAAACGUUCGCAAUCUCAACAAACCGCUGUACGCGCUGAUCAAUAACGCGGGCGUGUUUUACGUGCCGCCCAGUGUCACCGAGGACAAGCUAGAGUAUCUGUACCAGGUGAACUAUUUGGCGCACUUCCUGCUGACUCUGCGGCUACUGCCCGCCCUCAAGCAGCACCCGUCCGAUAGUCGCAUCGUGAACGUGGUUUCGCAAGCCCACCGCUCGGUGGCGGAAAUACCGCCGAACGACCGCUUCGGUGGCCCACCGUACCCCGACACAUCGGCCAAUCGGUUCCGGGCGUACGCGUACAGCAAGUUUUGCUUGGUGCAGUUCUCCUACCGCUUGUCGCAGCUGCUCGCAGCGAGCAGCACGAACAUCCCCACCGUACACUGCAUCGAUCCGGGCAACGUGGAAACCCCAAUCUAUCGUCACUUCCCACUGCUAGCGAAUCGGGCCCUUUUCUGGCUUCAAAAGCCGCUGCGGAUUUUGCUCAUCAAAACGCCACACGAAGGAGCUCAGGGCAUCCUGUACGCGGUACUGUCGGAAAAGAAGCCACCCUUCUACGUGCGCCGGUUCUGGGGCCGCGAGUCGAGCGAUUACGACGAAAUCAAUCCACUGGUGCGCAAGGAAGCGCUCGCCGACACGCUAUGGAAACGGAGCCGGCAACAGUGCAGCCACCAUCUGCUGGAGAUGACGGUGUAGUGCCCCCGCUGUACGAGGAUCGCACCAAGGGGCUGCGGAAGGAACGGCUUUCAUUUCGCUUUACCUCCAUGGAGAAACCAUCCGAGCUGUGCCGUUGCCUGGUAACGAUAAGCGACGUGAGCAAUGUUGAAGCGCACGAGUCAUCCUACCUCGGCGGAGGAUCCAGCGAAGAACUUUGGAUCACCAUGGGGACUGCCCUGACACCGGUCGAUUGCUAUGUGGAGCUUCUGCUGCAGCAAAUGUUAACGAACGAGCAAAGCAAAUGUACGAUCAGCAGUGCCAAACGCGGUGACGUCACGUUCACCAUGAAGCUGGUGCGCAUCGAGGGACAAAAAUAUUACUACCAACUCACCGUCCCCGAAACGCUCGCGCUGGCCAAACAGUACAAAGAGAAUGGCGUGAAAAUGUUUUCCAAAUACCCGUUGUUUGCGCACGCCUACUUCAACCAGGCGGCCAAGUGUUUGCUGUCCUGGUCACCGAUCGAUCAGCUCGACCCGGCCAUCGAAGGAGCCGGUACGAUCGAGGAAAUGCAGUCCCUACUCGAAACGCUAUACCUUAACAUUGCGGCAUGCCUGAUCAAGCAGAACCGCUUCGACGAAGUGCUGCACGUGCUUCGCUACACCGAUCAACAGGAACAUCCCUCCCCGAAGGCAACAUAUCGGAAGGCGUUGGCACAGUUUAAGGUGAAACGGUUUACCGAAGCGCUCGCCACACUCGAGCGGAUCGAUUACGCCAGCAGCAAGGAGUGUGUCGCGUUGCACGCGCAGAUCAUUCAAACGCGCCAGCAAGAGGACAGCAAAUACAGCUCAAUGGUAAAGAAAAUGUUCGCUUAAACAGGUAGCUAUACUUACACUCUAUACGUACACGAUAAGCAAUAAAAUAAGCUUCUACGAUUAACGAUAA